UGGAAUUGUUAAUAUACCCUUGGAGAUCAUGGAGCCAUCCCAUAAUAAGCAGGAAUUUCUCAAUGUCCAAGAGUAUAAUCAUCUACUAAGGGUCAUGGGGCAGUACUUGGUCCAGUACUGUAAGGACACCGGAAUCAAAACUUCUCAGUGGAUGUACUAAGAUUCAAAAUAAAUUUGGUUUGGCCUUUUGGCCGGAAAUGCCAGCUUCCAGUAAUUCGACAAAAAUGACCAACACAAAGGGAAAGAGGAGAGGUACCCACUAUAUGUUCUCUAGGCCUUGUAGAAAACAUGGUGUUGUUCCUUUGGCCACAUACAUGGGAAUCUACAAGAAAGGUGAUACUGGGGACAUCAAGGGAAUGGGCACUGUUCAAAAAGGAAUGCCCCACAAAUGUCACCAUGGCAACACUGGAAGAGUCUACAGUGUUACUCAGCAUGCUGUUGGCAUGGUUGUAAACAAACAAGUUAAGGGCAAGAGAAUUAAUGUGUGCAUUGAGCAUAUGAAACACUCAAGGAGCCGAGAUAGCGUCCUGAAGCAGGUGAAGGAAAAUGAUCAGAAAAAGAAGGAAGCCAAAGAGAAAGGUACUUGGGGUCAACAGAAGUGCCAGCCUGCCCCACCCGGAGAAGCACACUUGGUGAGAACUGAUGAAAAGGAACCCGAACUGCUGGAACCCAAUCCCUAGGAAGUCAUGGCAUGAUAAAUGUAAAGAAAAUAAAAGACCUCAAGACUGAAAAAUUGUUUCUCUGAAUUGAGU